CAAAUAACGAUAAAUUCACAAAGCGAAUUGUGGUUUGUUUGGAUUUCAUUUGCAGUUGGUUGUUAAAAUAUUAGGGAAAAUGUCGCGGAACGUGACGCUCUCGGAUGAACAAAGCCGGCUUAAUGCGCGUCUGGAGGCGCACAUGGUUUACAUAUGUCCGGAAUGCGGCAAGGCCUUCCGCACUCAGGCCGAGUGGCGACAGCAUCUGAACACGAAACACGACUAUCUAAAGAAGACGUACUCCGACUUCAACUUCAUCCAGAUCGACGAGCGCUUCCAUGAGUGCCAGCUGUGCUUUAAAUGGGUGGAGAACGCCCACAAGACAAUCGCCCUGCUGCAGUACCACUACUUCAUGCAUCUGGAGCACAGCGAAACCUACCGCUGCGUGCACUGCCGCAUGGCGUACACGAGGCGCCGGGCUCUGAACGUUCACCUACUGGACACGCACAUGCGGGAAAUCGAGAAGUACGAGAACAAGUUGCGCCAGAUGAAGCGGCAGCAGGCGAAACCCACUACUGCGGCAGCACCAGCUGGAAAUGCAGAGAAGCCGAUGGCUGUGAGGCCGCGAGGGCGUCCCAAAGGUUCCACGAAAAGAAACCAAAAUGAUCUGCUGCAAAAGGCUCUGAUGGACAUUGAUCUAAACACAGAAAUGGAAAAGUCCCCAACACGGCCAGUGACAGCACUAGCCGCUCCUGUAAACGCACCUAAGCCCAUUUCAAAUGUCAGCGAGCUGAAUCUAGAUCGGUGUUUGAAUGCCUACGAGGACAUUGUGCGCAAGGAGGAGGAAGAGGUGGUGCCGAAGUAUGACGACGAGUUGGAUGCGCUUUGCAAGGAGUUUUUUGAUGAUGGCACUUCCGCCGGCAAAGCAGAAGCUGAUGAGAAGCCGCAGCAAGACGAUGCGCACCAGCAGCAAGGAAAUCAGGAGGUGGUCAUAAUCGAGAUCGAUGCACUUGGCAAGGAGGAAGUGGCCCAGCUGAAGAUGGAAAUGAAAUCGGACGCAAUAAGUCAACCGACUAAACGUCGACGCAUGUCUACGACGCCCAGCCGCGACUCCGACACGGAAAUGUCCACCAACGGCCUCACGAAGCUCAUAUCGUACUUGUGUCCGAAGUGCGGCAAGGAGAUCGCCUCGAUGGACGGGUGGCGGGCACACGUAUUCAAGAAGCACGACUUCGAGCACAUAAUCGAGAACAGUUUUAAGAUCCUGGAGUCCGGGCGCAAGGCCAUGUGCCUGCAGUGCCGCGAGGUGCAACCAACGACCGUGCGCUCACAACUGCAGAAGCACUGCUUCAAGCAUCUGCCCUACCGGUCCUAUCUCAAGUGCACACUCUGCGAUCGCACCAAGACCAGCACCUCGAAGAUCCUCAACCACAUUCGCUACAACCACCAGGAGGAGCUGCAGCGUAAAAACAAGACGCAGCUGCUUAUUAAGCCGGAGCCCAUGUGGGCCAGUCCCAAAAAGUCCGGUCAAGCGGCCAGGGCGGAUGACGCCGGAUCCGAGGACGAUCAGGGCGAGCAAGCUGUGUGCGAGCACUGUGACAGAGUCUUUAGGAGCAAAUGGCGCUACGAACGACACAUUGCCUCUUGCAGGAGAUCCGGAGCAGGCAAGCCAGUCGAAGGGACCGUUGAAGCCUUGUUCAACCAUCUGCGAGAAGGGCACAUGCGAAUGAACGCCAUCUGGAAGACGAUGCAACGUGAAAAGCCUUAGGCUGUCUGUCUGCUUUGGAACAGGAUCGAUAAAGGCAUUUAAAUUCAUGGGCACGACCUUUGACAGUGUCUCAAGGAGCAGUAGCGAUUUUGGUUGCCGCCACAUCCGAGGUACUUCAUCUUGAGGCACUUCCCGGUUCUCUAGAUAUAGUACCACAUUUCGUCCAUGGCAGUUCUCCGGCAAUCCCUUCCCCCAAAUCCUUCGUGCUUGCCGCCGUCGCAAUUCUGACGACCUGUGUGAAAGUGUAGAGAUCAGUUAUUAAAGUAUACUUACUAAAUGCUA